GGCACUGCACUGAGAAUUCGGGCACAGCAGCACUAUCAAACCUCGCACACAACUAGGAAAUAUCGCUAGUUAGCUACAAGCUAACCGCUGAAACAUAGGCUCGGAGAGGAGAUAAAACGAAAGGCUAAACGGGACAGUUUCCAACCUGGCGGGACUUCUUGGUUGCAUUUGCAAUUCCACAGUGCCCAGAGAUCGGCGAGACGGUCGUGUUUGCAAGUUUGAGCUGGUCUCUACUGUGCCUGCAGGUGUAACUCGCAGCCAUGCCGUUCCCUUUUGGCAAGUCCCACAAGUCCCCCGCAGACAUAGUGAAAAACCUGAAGGACAGCAUGUCUGUGUUGGAAAAGCAAGACAUCUCUGACAAAAAAGCAGAGAAGGCCACAGAGGAGGUGUCCAAAAACCUGGUGGCCAUGAAGGAGAUCCUGUACGGCACCAACGAGAAGGAGCCGCAAACAGAGGCGGUGGCACAGCUAGCCCAGGAGCUGUACAACAGUGGGCUCCUCAGCACCUUGAUAGCAGACCUGCAGCUGAUUGACUUUGAGGGCAAAAAGGAUGUGGCUCAGAUAUUCAACAAUAUUCUCAGGAGGCAAAUUGGGACGCGGACACCUACGGUAGAAUACAUCUGUACCCAACAGAAUAUAUUGUUUAUGUUAUUAAAGGGGUACGAAUCAGCAGAAAUAGCUUUGAAUUGUGGGAUCAUGCUGAGAGAAUGCAUCAGACAUGAACCAUUGGCCAAAAUAAUUCUGUGGUCGGAGCAGUUCUACGAUUUCUUCAGAUAUGUUGAGAUGUCGACAUUUGACAUUGCCUCGGAUGCAUUCGCCACUUUUAAAGAUUUGCUCACGAGACACAAGCUUCUCAGCGCAGAGUUUUUGGAGCAGCAUUAUGACAGAUUCUUCAGUGAGUAUGAGAAGUUGCUCCAUUCAGAAAACUAUGUGACUAAAAGGCAAUCUCUGAAGUUGCUGGGUGAGCUGCUCUUAGACCGACACAAUUUCACCAUCAUGACAAAAUACAUCAGUAAACCAGAAAAUCUCAAGUUAAUGAUGAACCUUCUACGGGACAAGAGUCGCAAUAUCCAGUUUGAGGCCUUCCAUGUUUUCAAGGUGUUUGUAGCUAAUCCAAACAAGACACAGCCCAUCUUGGACAUAUUGCUGAAGAAUCAGACAAAACUAAUUGAGUUUCUCAGCAAGUUCCAGAACGACAGGACGGAGGACGAACAGUUCAACGAUGAAAAGACCUAUUUGGUGAAGCAAAUCAGGGAUUUGAAGAGACCGGCUCCACAGGAGGCCUGACGGUCAUGUCCAGAACAUCCGAGCAACGUCUGAACAACGGACCCUGCAGCAGCUGCUGUUCCAAUAUCGAACAUUGAAGCACCCUAAUCAACACAUGAGGAAUUAUACUGCUAAUCUGCUGUUCGGUGGACAUUUCUCUUUUCCUGACUUUUAUUUUGAGGUUCCUUAAAAAAAUAGAUGCUGCUUUAAUACACAUUAGGACAUGAUGUGAUCAAUACUCCUCAGCAAAGAAAAGGUCAUCCAAACAGAACAAUAUAAACAAAGAUAUCUUUAACAUUUUCAAUGCUAUGUAGUAGACUUCAUGAAGCACACACGCACACACACACACAGAUAUACACAGACACUGCUAGAUUUUCAGCAUUGGAUUGGUGUUGACAAGGUACCGGCAAGGUGAACUUGGACUAGUUGCAUGCCUUUUUAAAUCUGAUGAAACCAUCCGUAUACUUGCGCCUGCUCUGUUCUUCGCCUGAAUAUUUAGCACAUGUGACCUGUGCUCACUUAAAUUGCACGCGCAUUACAGUAGUAGCUGCAAUUCUAUGCCUUGAUCAAAAAAAAAGAAAAAAAAAACUAUUGUGCUUUUAAUGUGAUUAUAUGGGAACAUGCAACUACAGUGUAAGUUUUACAGAACAAAAUGGUAUAGCAGAAUGCCUAAUAUGUAUGUAAAGAAAUCCUGAGUGGGUUUUGGAGGGAGAAGAGUGAACAUGUACAUACGCCUUUUUUUGCUUUGUAGAUUUUUUUUUGUUGUUCCAGAUGAUAUGAAUAUAUAUAUAUAACCUGA